AUGUCGCAAAGAUCCGAGGCAAGAUCGCCCUCCAACUAUACCGUCGGCAUCAUCUGCGCCAUGAGCUUCGAGAUGAGCGCCAUCCGAUACAUGCUGGACAAUGAGCACGAGAUGCGGCCCAUUGAGGACGUUGACUCGACCAUCUAUACCCUCGGUGACGUCCACGGCCUCAACAUCGUGCUCGGCUGCCUCUCUGGCCAGCAAGGCAAGGGUGCUGCCGCCGUCGUCGCCGCCAACAUGUCCCGCACGUUUCCGCACAUCAAGUGGCGGCUCCUUGUAGGCAUCGGCGGCGGCGUCCCAAGUGACAAGCAUGACAUCCGACUAGGCGACGUUGUUGUGAGCAUGCCCGAGGGUCAGCAUGGCGGCGUGGUCCAGUACGAUCUGGGCAAAAGCUCUGGCGCAGGCUUCCAGCUCAAGGGCUUCCUGCAGCUCCCACCCGCCCUGCUGAGAAGCGCUGUCGAGAGGAUGGAGUCGGAUCAUCUCGUGCGCGACAGUCGCAUCCUCGAGUUCAUCGACACCAUGGAGCCACGAGAUGUCGUCGAUACUCUCUUCCAGGAUGACUUUUCUCACGGCGAUGCUGUUUCCUCGUCUGCAGCCCAUGACCCUCCCCAAAUUGUCACGCGAUCUCCUCGUGAGUUUGAAGGUCCCUAUAUCCACUACGGACUCAUCGCGUCGGGCGACAGCGUCCUCAAGAGCGCCUCAAAGCGUAAAGAGCUAGUCGGGGCCCUUGGUGACGUGCUAUGCUUCGAGAUGGAAGCCGCGGGUCUCAUGAGCGAGUACCCCUGUCUUGUUAUUCGCGGGGUCUCUGACUACGCAGACUCCCAUAAGAAUGACGCCUGGCACAAAUACGCUGCCGCAACGGCAGCGGCGUGCACCAAGGAGGUCCUGUCCUACCUCCGAGUCAAGGACGUGGCUGCAAUGCUCGAGAUGCCUGACGCAGACGCAGCAACCAUGGAAUGGCACCACCAGCAGCAGCCUCACGCGAACGUCUUUCACGGAAAGGGAUUCCAGCAUACCGGCACAGGCAACUUCUCUAUUGGAGGGGACUCUAACAUCUUAUGA